UUCGCAAUUUGAUGCGAACUCCAAGAAUCCAUCCAAAAAGCAUUGAGAGCGUCAACAAAGCGACAACUUUCCUUCGACCUGGGAUUGCAUCCAUAUCUCGGAGUAUGCUCUUGUAGUUCGCAUCGCACGUUCCGCCGUAAGCAGUCAUUCUAGCAUCUCAUAAAACAAUUCUGAAAGCAAGCCAAAACAUACAUUUGAUCCAAAAACCGUAGAAUAGAAUCGACCAUGAUGAUGCUGACCGCAUCCAAAACCAUGGCCAGAGCAGGCCUGGCGGCAGCUCGCCAUUGCAGACUCAUCAAGCCAGUAAGAGUGCUUGCUUCGAAUCCAUUCCUCAACUCCGCUGACCUUAUGGGUCGGAAAUAUCUCUAUACCGAUUCGUUCGCUGAACCAAAUCCAGUUAAUGGUGCCAACGUUGUCAACGGUGCUGACAGUGCAAUAAAAAAAGAGAAGUACAAAGUACCCAAGAGGAUCCACCAAAAGAUUGUCAGUGCCUCUGAUGCCGUCGAGCUAGUCCGUGAUGGGGAUACUGUCGCUGUAUCCGGUUUCGUUUGCCAGGGUGCACCGGAAGCCGUCCUGAAGGCUUUGGGGGAGAGAUUUGAACGAACGAGCUCGCCAAAGAACUUGACCCUCUUUUUUGGAGGCGGUCCUGGUGACUAUGGAGAAAAGGGACUGUCUCAUCUUGGAAGAGAGAAGGAAGAUGGUACCUGCAUGCUUUUCAGAACCAUUGGUGGUCACUACGGACAAGUACCAAAAGUUGCGGAUCUCGCUUUGGCGAACAAAGUGGAAGCCUGGACUUUGCCCAUGGGCUCUGUCUCGCGCAUGAUUCGUGCCCAGUCCACCCAUUCUCCCGGUCAUAUCACAACCGUGGGUCUUGGGACUUAUGUUGAUCCAGAAAUCACGGGAGGAGCUGUCAAUGAAAAGGCAGCUCAAAGCCCCUUUCAUUCCAAGCUUGUUUCGAGAAUCAACAUUGAUGGGGAAGAGAAUCUAAUGUACAAGGCCUUGCCAAUUGAUGUGGCCAUCAUCCGAGGAACAACAGCAGAUGCUCAGGGAAACAUCACACUAGAACAUGAGAGCCUCUUGUGUGAUCAAAAGAUUGUUGCGGCUGCGGCCAAGAAUAGCGGUGGUAUUGUGAUCGCUCAGGUCAAACGCGUUGCCGGUAGCGGAACACUACCAUCCCGAAGUGUCGGAGUUCCCGGACCAAUGGUUGACUGUGUUGUGGUGGUGGAUGAGAAAGAUCAUGAUGAGUUGCAUCCCAUGAGUUACCUCGAAAAGCACAACCCUGUACUCACUGGCGAAAUCAAAACGGGUGCUGAAGGAGUUGAGCCAAUGGAAAUGGGAUUGCGAAAGCUCAUUGCCCGCCGAGCGUUCUUCUGUGUAAAGCCAAACAAGAUUGUGAACCUUGGCAUUGGUUUGCCCGAGGGUGUCGCAAGCGUUGCAUCUGAAGAAGGCAUGCUCGACUAUCUCACUCUGUCUACCGAACCAGGAGUCUUUGGAGGUUUGCCUGCUUCUGGCCACAGCUUUGGACCAGCAUUCAAUGCGUCCAGUCUGAUGGAAAUGAACCAAAUGUUUGAUUUCUACGAUGGUGGUGGUUUGGACAUGUGCUUCUUGGGUGCUGCUCAAAUAUCGCCCGAAGGAGAUGUCAACGUGUCUCGAAUGAGCAAGGAUAGACUCACAGGUCCCGGUGGCUUUAUCGACAUUUCACAGUCGACACGAACGGUAUGCUUCAUGACUUCCCUGACCGCCAAGGGUCUCAAGGUGGAAACUCCUGGAGACGGUACACUCAAGAUUGCCAAAGAAGGCCAAGUGAAAAAGUUGGUCCCGAAGGUAAUGGAAAAGACAUUCAGCGGAGACGAAGCUGUCCGUCGAGGUCAAAAUGUCCUGUACGUCACCGAGCGGUGUGUCUUCCAAAGAACCGCCAAAGCGGAAAAACUUGAGUUGAUUGAAAUCGCACCGGGCAUGGAUCUGCAAAAGGAUAUUCUGGAUCAGAUGGAAUUUGAGCCCAUCAUCAGCCCCAACCUCAAGCUCAUGGAUACUCGUAUUUUCAAUCCGGACAAGAUGGGAGUCACGUCCGAGAUCUUUGGGAGUCUGGAAGACCGAUGCGUGUACCGAGAACAUCAGCACACGUUGUUCAUUGAUCUGUUUGGCAUUACCCUCAACGAGGAAGAAGAUGUGGACUGGUUUUACGAAGGUCUUCAGAGCAUUAUGCAUCCCCUGGUCGAAAACAAGGGACCCAUUGAUAUCGUUGCCAAUUAUGAUGGGUUUGACAUUCGCAAGGGCUUGGAAGAAAAAUACGUGGAGAAGCUUGGCAUUUUGCAAAAGGACUAUUACAAGUCUGUCAAGCGCUUCUCGGGCCAUGCCUUUAAGCGAGCGCAAAUCAAGGACUCGUUGCGAGUGGAUGCCUUUGAUGCCGACAAGUUGUAUGAUGAGUUUGACACGGACCACAAUGGAACCUUGUCACUGGAAGAGCUUCGUGCCGGCUUUGCGGAGUACUUCCAACUCGAACUGACCCCCAGCACUCUUCGCAAUUUCGUAGCCGGUGGAGAGGACGACCACGAGGCAACCAUUUCCCGAGAGAAAUUCCGCACUGGAAUGGACGCCGUGUUUCAUGGAGCAUAAUCAUGUGCCUGUCUUGGAAGAGAGUUGGGAACUGGACCAACGAAUCAAUCACUCCAUCCAAUGGUAUUGAUAUCACUAUCAAUCAGCAUACACAAGAAGGUUUCAUGUACUUGGUAGAGAUCGUUCAUAAGAAAUUUAGAUGAUGCAUACACCUAGAUC